GCCGCCUCCAGUUCUGCGCGGCAGGGGACUAGUCCAGCCCGCGCGGUUCUGGGCGGAGAGAGUCAGGGGGAGCAGCCCGCGGAGCAGGAGGCUACCUGACAGCUGUGAGCCCAGCGGUGGCGUCAGCAGCUAGGAGGGAAGCGGCGACUCCGGAGGUACGAGGUCCUGCCCUGACCACAGCUGCCCUUCAGGACACCAGCUCUGAGCCACAGCUGGGCCAUCAGCUGCUGUCAAGGGUGGGGCUCUGGCGACUUGUGCUGUUCCUCAUGAGUCCAGCCUGGGGCUCCACCUGGCAUCCAGCACGGCCACGUCUCAGGUUCGUGGAGAGCUGUGGAAUAGGCUCGUCGUCCCUCCAGGGUCUGGCUGUCUGAACAGAAAAAGAAAGCUGGCGGGAUUCAAACACGGGUCACAAACAUGCUCUCCAGAUCUGAAGCGUUACCCUUGCUCUGAGGAGCCGGGACCUGCCAGGUAUUCUGUGACAUAACCUGCUAAGGGCUGAAUUGCACCCGCCCCACAAAAAGGGUCUGAAAAGACUUGGAGAAAUUGAUAAACCUGGAUGGCUACCCCUGACCAGAAAGUGGUUUCUAGGCCCCAGAGACCUGCCCGGGGACCGAAGGGGAAUGGGGCCUGCCUGGGCCCCCUGGACAGCCUGGAGUGUAUGGAGACACAGGAGAUGGUGCUGGCAGAGGUAGCCAUGCUGAGGAAGGCACAGGAAUUCUUCCAGACCUGUGAUGCCGAGGGCAAGGGCUUUAUUGCCAGGAGGGAUAUGCAGAGGCUCCAUAAAGAGUUGCCCCUCAGCCUGGAGGACUUGGAGGAUGUAUUUGAUGCCCUGGAUGCUGAUGGCAACGGCUUUCUGACUCUAGAGGAGUUCACCACUGGGUUUAGUCAUUUCUUCUUCAGCCAGAGCAAGCCAAGUCAGGGAGAUGCAGGUGAACAGGUGGCCCCGCUCCAGGAGGAGAAGGUGUAUCAGUCCAGAGCGGAGGAGGAUCUGGGUGACCUGGAUGAAGAUGAGGAAGCCCAGUUCCAGAUGCUGAUGGACAAACUUGGAGUCCAAAAUGUUUUGGAAGAUGAAAGUGAUGUCAAGCAACUCUGGCUGCAGCUGAAGAAGGAUGAGCCUCACUUACUGUCCAACUUCGAGGAUUUCCUGACCAGAAUCUUCUCGCAGCUCCAAGAAGCCCACGAGGAGAAGAACGAACUGGAGUGUGCCCUGAGAAAGAAAAUUGCUGCUUAUGAUGAAGAAAUCCAGCAUCUCUAUGAGGAGAUGGAGCAGCAAAUCAAAAGUGAGAAGGAGCGGUUUCUCUUGAAGGACACAGAGCGCUUUCAGGCCCGCAGUCAGGAGCUGGAGCAGAAGCUGCUGUCUAAGGAGCAGGAGCUGGAGCAGCUCUCCCAGAAGCAGAAGCGGCUGGAGGGCCAGUGCACAGCCCUGCAUAAUGACAAGCAUGAAACCAAAGCGGAGAAUACCAAGCUGAAACUCACCAACCAGGAGCUGGCCCGGGAGCUGGAGCGCACCUCCCGGGAAUUGCAGGAUGCCCAGCAGCAGCUGGAAAGCCUCCAGCAAGAGGCCUGCAAACUCCACCAGGAGAAGGAGAUGGAAGUGUACCGCGUGACGGAGAGUCUGCAGCGGGAGAAGUCAGGGCUCCUGAAGCAGUUGGAUUUCCUGAGGGAAAGGAACAAGCACCUCCGGGAUGAAAGGGACAUAUGCUUUCAGAAAGAUAAGGCAGCCAAAGCAAACACAGCUGCUGCCAAGGCAAGCUGGAAACAGAGAUCUGGCUCUGUGAUAGGCAAAUAUAUGGACGGCAGAGGAAUCCUUAGAAGCCAGUCAGAGGAGGAGGAGGAUGUGUUUGGCAUGCUGAGGAGGAGAAGCUCCCUGGGCCUGAGUGGGUAUCCCCUUCCAGAUGAGGAGCCAGGAACCAGGGAGCCAGGGGCUGAGGGUCCACGCCCCCGGGCACUCCGCAGAAUCAUCUCCAUUGAAGAAGACCCCCUGCCCCAGCUCCUGGAUGGCAGCUUUGAGCGGCCGCUGAGCAAAUGCCCAGAAGAGGAGGAGAUCUCCAACCAGGGGGUGGAAGGACAAAGUCAGCAGUCCCAACCUUCUCAGGGGGAACUCGUGCCCACAUCUCCCCGAGGGCAGCCUGUUGGGAAAGAAGCUCUGUCUAAGGAGGAAGGCUCUCUCUCCACCCCAGACCGGCUCUUCAAGAUUGUGUUUGUGGGCAACUCUGCCGUAGGGAAGACAUCCUUCCUGAGGAGAUUCUGUGAUGACCGGUUUUCCCCGGGCAUGACAGCCACUGUGGGCAUCGAUUACCGUGUGAAGAUGGUACAUGUGGGUGACUCUCAGGUGGCCCUGCAGCUGUGGGACACGGCCGGGCAGGAGAGGUAUCGUUGCAUCACCCAGCAGUUCUUCAGAAAGGCUGAUGGUGUCAUCGUCAUGUAUGACCUCACAGCCAAACAGUCCUUCCUGUCGGUCCGGCAGUGGCUGAGCAGCGUGGAGGAAGCUGUGGGGGACCGUAUUCCUGUACUUCUGCUGGGCAAUAAAAUUGACAACGAGAAAGAGCGGGAAGUUCCCCGGGGUCUUGGAGAACAGCUGGCCAAGGAGAACAAUCUGAUCUUCUAUGAAUGCAGUGCCUAUUCUGGUCACAACACCAAAGAGUCCUUGCUCCAUUUGGCCAGGAUCCUCAAGGAGCAAGAAGACACAGUGAGGGAGGACACCAUCCAGGUUGCCCGCCCUGCCAAGAAAAAAUCCUGCUGUGGCUGAAAGGCACCGCUUCCGCCUCUCCCCCAGGCCUGGCUCACAGGGCCCACCUGAACGCUGCGCAUGGCUCGGCACAGGUGCCCCCGCCGAGGCCGGCCCAGACCUCUGUCCUUGACAGGGACUUGCCUUCCCCAAAGAAAGGGGAGCACCUCCACUCAGGAGAGCUGCUCUUGGAGCACCUUAGAGUCUUUCCUCUUCCUUCUUUCUCUAGAUCCCAGAUGCCCAUUCCUUUCCCUCCCUCCCCCCACCUCCAGCUUGGCUUCCUGGGGAAAGAAACAGAUGGGCUUUCCCAGAGAAGCCACCACGUGCCUUCUCCACCCCCCUUCUCCCCCCAACCCCCUUGCCUUUAAGAGCCUCAGCAAUGCAGUUGCCAUGGUAACUGUGCAGGGCAGACUUGCUGCUUCCUGCAGGCCACAGAUACAGCACCUGUGCAAUGAAUGCCAGGGUGGCUGGUCGGGCUUUGGCUCCUGUUCUCUGGAUGCCAAUGGGACACUCUUGGCAUAUGCUUCAUGGACCUCAAGGUGCCUGUGUGGUGUUCAGGGGAGCAAACCUGGGCACCCGCAUCCUAUUCCUCACCCACAUCCUCCACCCCCAGGGGUCCUGCUCCUCUCCAGGCUUCAGGGCCCAGCCUCUCUCAGCAGCCACUGGCCCGUGGUAUUUGCCCCACGGGUUCUCAGAAACAGUGCCUUAUAAGAACCCCAGCCUUUUCUCCUCACCGCCCACCCACAGCCAGGACUCCCAGGUGGGCUGGGGUGAUAAAUGGGUGCCUAGAGUUAGGGAGUGGGCUUACUUCCUGCUUCACUUUCAGAGAUGAAAAGAAAACCAGGGGGGAAAAACCAUCUGCUGCUAAACAGAGCGACCAUUUCUGGAGGGUAUAAAUAAACUAUAGCUAUGUAAAGCCAUUUUCUAAAUGUUUCUCAAAAUAGCUCUCUGAGAAAUUGUACGUGAUGAUUGACAGGGUAGCUUGACAUGCAGGCAGUGAGGCCCAACACCAGGUCCAUCAUUACUGACUUCAUUUUAUUUGAUUUGAGGUUUUCCAGAAGACCGUGUGUGUGUGUGUGUGUGUGUGUGUGUGUGUGUGUUUUAAGUGUGGCUGUGAUGGUGACAUUUUGCUGGUGUUUGUCAAGAGAGUGUAGCUGCUGGCCUGGGCACCGUGACUGCAACAGCUCAGGGCAUUGGAAUGAAGGGAAGGUCUGGGCCUGUGGUGGUCUCUGGCCUGGGUGCUGAUGAGUGCCCAGCCCUGGCUGGCUGGCAGCGGAACUGGCGAGGGCACUCUUGCCCUGGGAAGGAAGUUGGAUGAAAUGACCAUAAAGAUCACUGCCGAUGACCAUUCUCGGGCUGUGGGCCCAGGCCCGCAGGAGAGGAGGUGGUGAAGGCAGAGAGGCAAAAAGUGCCCACACGCCUCUGAGAAGAUGACUCAAGACAAAUGCACACAGUCAGCCAGGCUGGGGAGAGGCGACAGUUCCCAAUGCUCUUCCCUACAUCCUCUCCACUGACCCCCAAAGGGGUCAGAGCCCCAGGGGUCGCCAGGUAAAUGCCCAGUUCUUUUGCAGACUCCUCUCUUCUCUGUCAUCCAGCCUUCAGAGGCACCAGGGAGCCCGUGAAGAGUGUGGAACAAAACCCAGCAAUGAGCACUGGAAGGUGCCCCUUGAUCUUGGGCAAGCCGGCUCCCUCCCUGGGCCCCCGUCUCAGCAGUAAAGUGAGCAGUGGGCUAUUUGAUGCUCCAGGCUCUUCCCCCUCAGAAUGCUUUUGACGACCUGCUCAUUUUCCCACUUAGGCUGCUCUGGCCCCACUCAGAGUUCGAGGGGAACUUAAAGGAGACUCCAUUUCCUGGGAGAGGACACUGGUGGUGGUCUCAUUCGUGGGAUGCGUGGGGGACGGUCACCCGGCGGUGGCCCUCUUAUCUGGUGUGUUGCUGUGUGAAUGUAUGUUUUACGUGUAUGGAGUGCAGGUGGAAGGUAGGGAUCGCCAGGGAGAAAGGGAAGCAGCUGUCCUGCUUCUGAUGGAAACAGGAUGGCAAUUGGGAUUUAUGGGGCAAGCAGGCUCUCCGUGGGGUUCCCUCAGCCAUAGAUGCAUCUGUCCCUGAACACCUGACCCCUGGCUCGGGCUGCAUUUUUUCCAUUUAGGAGAAGUGGAUUCAGGACUUAGAGCAGGGUGGGAUGACCCUAGUGCCUGGCCUUCCAAUGUGUGGGGUAAAGCCCCACAAACCCUCAAAGGUCCCAAGAGACAGAAGGGCAGAAAGUGUCUUCAGGCCUCUGCUGCUCCCUUUUCCAACCUCACUUGAAGAAGUGUGGAGCAUGAGGACUUCAGAGAGACUCUGAGAAGUUCUGUGUCCCCACGUCUCAGCCUUCCCUUCUCUCCUCCCCUUC